AUGGUGUUACUAGAAGGUCGAUUAUUAUGUGGCGGAUCGCUCAUCACUAAUCGUUUUGUAUUGACUGCGGCGCAUUGCCAGAGCGAAUUAAAAACGUAUGCAACUCUUGGAGAAUACUUCCGGGGUUUUGAUGUUGGAUUGGAAAGAAAAAUUCCUGUGGACUUGCAAAUUCCUCACCCCGACUAUAAUCGAGAUAAGCACAAGAAUGAUAUUGCUCUUUUUAGACUGUCUCGACCUGUGGAGUACACUAUGCACAUUCGACCUAUCUGUUUGCCCACAAACUACGAUGCUCUGGACGUUGUCCGCAACCUAAAUGUGACAGGAUGGGGUCGGACGAGCUAUAAUGCAACAACGAGCUCUGUUUUAAUGACGGCCACUGUACUCGUACAUGACAGAUCGACUUGUAGAAACCUCGGAAACAUUGACGAGUCCCAGGUAUGUGUUGGACCUGCUGAUGGCAAUCCCUGCAAUGGAGACUCGGGUGGGCCACUUACUAGUUUGGUCAAUUUCCAAGGUAGUGGCACAGUGACAGUUCAGAUUGGACUAGUAAGUUUUGGAAUAUGGGGUUGCCAAAGUCUAUCUGUCCACACUCAUGUCUACCACUACAUGGCCUGGAUAUCGGAAAUGGUUCGCACACAUAAAACCGACAUAAACGAAAAUAAGGACUAUUCUUUUGAAAAUAUUUGAUUUAUAAGAA